GCUUCGUGGUGGCGCGGUUGUGACGUCAUUAGUGCGCGGGAGAAGGAGGGGCGCGCGCGCGGGAAGGUGGAGAGCCCCGCCAUGAGCUCCAAGGCCAAACGGGUCCUGCCCACCCGCCCCGAGCCCCCCACCGUGGAGCAGCUCCUGGCCGACGUGCGGGGGGCGCCUCCGGCCGACCCCGUCCUCAUGAUCCCGGCUGAGCCCCCCCGGGACGGGCCCGCACCAGGGCAGGAGGACGGCGUGGAUGAGCAGGAACGGCUUUACCGGCAGUGCCGAGGUUACGUGGAGAUGAACCGACGGCUGCGGGAAGCUCGAGGGGAGCUGGCAAAGAAGCGAGAUGAACUGCAGAGAUCGGGCAUGGCACUGGAGAGAGACAUGGCCGAGAUGAGGCACAAGGUGUUCUGAGGUCGGGAUACAGCGUUGGGGUCUCACCUGGACCCCCCCUACCCCUGGCUGCCUCCCAGUGCUCCCAAUACACCCACAGCAGCACACAGCUCUGCUCCCUGCCGGCACCAUGUCCACGCAGCACAGCUUCACCUAUGACUUCUCCAUCUGGUACUGCCCCGAGGAUCACUCUGUCGCCUCCAUCAUCGCUGAGUUCUUAAGGACAAAAGGAUUUCGGGGCUACUUGGAGCACUGGGACCAAGUGGCUGGGACCUCUGUUGUGCUCAGCACCACUGAAGCCAUCAGUGCCAGCAGGGUGGGCAUCCUCCUGCUGUCCCCUACAUCCCUGGGGGAUACGUGGUGCCAACGUGUGUCCGAGUGGAACCUGCAGCACGUGGUGGAGCGUGGUGGCAUCAGGCUGCUCCCCGUGUGCCUGGGGGUGAGGAAGGAGGAGCUGCCACCCUUCCUGCAGCACCUCACCCAGCUGCAUUACCAGACCCCGUUCUUCUUUCAGAGGCUCUUGAGGAGCCUGGUGGCAUCCCAAGCCCUGCCAGCAAAGUCAAGGAGAGCUGAGAGCUGAGGGGCAGCUUGGGAUGGGGGGCUGGUGCCACUGGUGGGGAUUGGGACAGCAUGAUGGGAUGGGACAGCACAUGGGGCUGUGUUAUCACAAACCUCAACACAUCCUCAAUAAAACCCUUAUUAGGAA